CCUUCCUGGCUGUGCCGUUCAGUCAGUCAAUGUGACUCAACUGCUGCAGUUGUCUGGCGGUACCUCCCGGAGGGACAGCGGCGCGCACACACCAAGCAAAACAGCCAACUACAUUAACCCGUCAGCACCCAUGCCCGACCGGCACUUGCAAAUAUAUCUGUUAUGCCAAUCCCAUUUGCCCUGAUAAAUUCUGCAUAAAUCAAGAGAGUAAUGGGCUGUACAACUGAGACUCUUCCGCCAAAAAGAGCAGACUUUCGGCUCCACUUCCAGCUGCUGUUUGUGCUCUUGUUUUCGACAUGUGCAGCGCGGCCUUCACCGUCAUACAUCGAUGAGAAUGUGCACAAGAAACUAAUGCAGUAUGGAUACUUGAAACAAUCCAACCUUGAGACUGGAGAGUUAAGAAAGGAAUCUGAUGUGAUAAACGGACUUAUGGAGAUGCAGGCUUUUGCUGGUCUUCAACCGACGGGGAAACUGGACAAGGCCACCCUGAAAUUGCUGGACACGCCAAGGUGUGGUCUUCCAGACAAAGGCGACCGAGGCUACCGCAGUAAACGCUACGUUAAGCAGGGCAGCAAAUGGAAGCACAUGAACAUCACCUGGAAAUUUAUCAAGGAUCCAAGAAGAAGCGACCUCCGCAACAAUAUCAGUCAAGUGCGACAAGAAAUUAUGCUCGCCUUCAAAGUUUGGGCAGACAACUCAAAACUCACAUUCCAAGAAACGCACCCUAGUAGUACUGCAGACAUAGAAGUCGGAUUUUAUGAGAGAAGACAUAACGACAAUUAUGCAUUUGAUGGCGAGGGCCAGGUUUUGGCACACGCUUUCUUCCCUGGCUCUGGAAUGGGGGGCGACGUCCACUUUGAUGACGAGGAAAAGUGGCAUUUAUCAACUAGCCAAAACAAGACACCACAUGAUGAAUAUCAAUACGAGCGAACAGGAACGAGUCUCUUUUUCGUCGCCGCGCACGAGAUCGGACACUCGCUGGGUCUGUCCCACUCGUCACACAAUGGAGCGCUUAUGUACCCUUACUAUAAAGCGGGAGAAAACGACCCGAUGAAAUUCAAGUUGCCAAAUGACGACAGAAUCGGGAUACAGGAAAUUUACGGCGUUGUUGACAAGUGGGGUCAAAUGCCCACCUUCACCAUACCGACUCCGCCGCCAACUAAAAAGCCAAUUGUACCCACGAAGCCUCCUAGUAGUGGACAUCAUCCAUCUGUCACUGAAAAACCAGAAGAACCUAAGCCGAAACCUGAAGUGCCGGACACAUGUGAUAUGAGCUAUGAUGCCAUAACCUACUUCAGAAAUUCUGAAGUUUGGAUAUUUAAAGGGAAAUAUUUCUGGAGGAUUGACAAGAAGAAUGGAUUGCUUCACGGCUAUCCAUUACCAAUAAAAAGCAGCCUUGCUUCUUUUUGUGGCACCGCAAAUAUAGAGCAUGUUGAUGCCGUGUACACACGGAAGGACGACGCUUUGGUGUUCUUCCACGGCAAGCAAUACACUGCGUGCUCUGGUCCCAGUAAGCCUGCUGAGAGGGGGACGCUGCAUUCGCUUGGUCUGCCUGAAACUUUAGAAAAACUGGAUGCUGCAUUUGUCUGGGGCCACAACGGAAAAAUAUACUUAUUCAGUGGAAAUUCUUACUGGAGGAUCGAUGAUGACACUAAUAAAGUCGAAUUGGACUACCCAAGAGACAUGAGCAUGUGGAGUGGCGUUGGUUACAAUAUCGAUGCCGCCUUUAAGUGGAAGGAUGGAAAAAUUUACUUCUUCAAAGGGAAGAGCUACUGGAAGUUCGAUGACAUGAAGAUGAAGGUGGCACACGAGAAGCCCAUGCUGUCGGCGCCCUUCUGGAUGGGCUGUCCCAAGCGCCUCGAGGAACCGUUGAUUGCCGCUACCGAGCAAGUAGCCUCAGCUGGACGCUCAGACUCAAGCAAAAAUAAAUUGUUUGUGCUUUUCGCUACGGUUGUUUUGUGCCUUGCUGCAAAAUUCGCGUUCCUCUCUUGAAAAACAGACUCUUCGUAAAGUUAAUGUGAUAUUCUCAUCUUUACUUGAUAAUAUUUUAUAAAAAAAUAAUUCGUAUGCUAGGUAUUAUGUUGCAUUUCGUUGUUGACUAUUUUAUUUAAUUCGCAACCAUAUUUCGAAGUUGGCCAUGUUAUUUUAAACGUUUAUUUUUUAUGGUGUGAUAGUACGACUUAAAUUUACCUCCAGAAUAAAAAAUAUAACUGUCAUAAUUUAUUUUGGGUAACUACAAUUUCGAAAUCUGUUAUCCGGGUGCAAAUUAAAACAGCGUGCUUAUGCGGAGUUAAAUUUGUUUUCUUUGAUCUCGCUUGGCGGAGUUUAUAUACUUUUUUGAUAUGAGACAAUAAUGUCUUACUAAAAAAGAAGACCAACCGUGACUUAAAAAUAAUUUGUGCCAGUAAAUGUAAUUAUUUAUGGAAAUAUAAUCAGAUUUUUUUAUGAUGAAA